GUUAACCUUGUAUUAUGCACAGUGGGUGAUAAACAUAUCUCGAUAGGCCAAUAUAUUGACACGGCAAUGUGCGUCUUGCUACAUUGUUGCAUGCGGAUUCUGUUUUGAGUGUUCAAUGGUAUUGUUUUCGCGCGAGUUCGUGUAGAUUGCUCUCGUGCUAUGAUUCAGGUCAACAUGGACGACUAGUCAUUCCAUCUCGACAGCUCUGGGGGGGAGGAAGAAACCCCCUAACACCAUCAUGUGAAACGGGAUCGGCUGAUGGCAUAGUGAACGGCUCUGUUGACAAGGAACCCGCUGGUUCCACUGCCUUCACCCAGCCUGAAAAUGAGUGAGCCUACUGCUACAGAACCCCCUAGCGAUGUGACCCCCAUUGUUACUACUGGUGUUACCACUGAAGGUGUAGAUCAACCUUCUACUAAUGCAAACGAGCCCCCCAAGGAAGAGGUCAAGUUGGCAGCAACAGUAGGGAAGAAACAGACCAAGAAGAAGGUGGAGGAGGUGGUAGAGGAAGAGGAGGAGGAAUAUGUGGUGGAGAAGGUGCUGGACCGACGGGUGGUAAAGGGACGCGUGGAGUUUCUGCUCAAAUGGAAAGGCUUCUCCGAUGAGGACAAUACAUGGGAACCGCAGGACAACCUGGAUUGCCCUGACCUGAUUGCGGAGUACAUGCAGAAUCAUCAUAACAAAAAAGAAAGUUGCAAGAAAGAGUCUGGUGGCAAGAGGAAAGCUGGCGAGUCUGACACAGAGGCAGGGGGUGAAGAAGGCAGGCCCAAGAAGAGGAAAGAUGAGGCAGAGAAGCCCAGAGGCUUUGCUCGUGGUCUUGACCCCGAACGGAUCAUUGGAGCCACGGACUCCAGUGGAGAGCUGAUGUUCCUCAUGAAAUGGAAGAACAGUGAUGAGGCUGACCUGGUGCCGGCCAAGGAGGCCAACAUUAAAUGUCCACAGGUGGUCAUUUCCUUCUAUGAGGAGCGUCUGACAUGGCACUCCUACCCCACCGAGGAGGAAGAGAAGAAGGAUGAUAAGAACUAGCCACAGGUCCAGGAUGAACGGGAAGGGGGUACAGAGGGUAGGGUUUACAGUGGAGGGUGUCGGAUAGAGAAGCUGAUUUGUUUCAAAACCUUUCUGCAAACCCGGACUGUUACAACUAAAACAGAGGUUGACAGAUGGGUAGGGAUGAUAAGACUUGGCAAGGAGGUGGGUUGGGGGGGGCAUGGGUAAAUACAACUCCUAAGUCUCAAGAUCACUUUAUCAGGCCUCACUUUUGGGUCUCAUCAGCUAGAAUCAUGGGAUAAGUAGUUUUCAGUCCCUGAGCACUGAAUUUGCUUCAAAAUCACCAGCUCCUCAUACUGUAGUUUCGCCUCUGAAAAGCUUUUGUCAAGAUACACUUUUGAGUUAGCGAGGUAUCACUACAGCAGCUGAGUUUACAAAAUGGAAUGGUCAGAUUCCAAAACACGACCCAGCUAAAGUUCUCAGCUAAUUCAAUUGAAAUAGCCAAUCUUAAUUUCCAUUUUUUUUGCGUGAAAUGUUGAAGUUGAUUUCUUGUCAGAACAUUAUCUUGUACCUACACAUCCCUCAUUGAGCAACUCGCAAUGCUUUUUGUUUGUCUUUCUACUUUUUAAGAAACCUGUUUUAAGUGUUGGCACCUGCCUUGUCAUAUCAUUAUCAUAUAAUGUGUAAAUAUGGUCGUGGUUAUAUUUGGUUAGUUUCAAUUGGUUAUGAGAGCGAUCUAAGAAGGAUUUUAUUUGAGAUCUUUUGGGAUGUUCAGACUAGAGUUAACCUAGAUUCUGGUCUUUAAGUGUUACACAUAGGAGGUGUAUAGAGUUGUGAACAAUGGUAUGGAGAGCAGGGUUUCCAUUAGGAAAACGUGGUGCUGGCAGCAUUUUAAUUUACCAGACAUUUGAGACAUUUUCCCGACCCAUAUGCAUUGUGUGCGUGACCUGAUUAGGGCGUACAGCCACGGUGCUCAGAAUGACAUUUUAGAUGAUGGUAAUUCAUUUUAAAAGAACGUGCAAAUCGAGGACGCAACAGCGUGCGUCCUUACCGAAUUCCGAUGCGCACUUUGAAGAGGUUAGAAUAACUGUCCACAUUUACUUUUCCUCAGCCAACAAGAUGAGUAACGAACAGCAAAAAUCCCUAGCCUAUGUCAAUAUACUAUUCCCCAUAGUAGAACAUUUGACCUAUUUAUUGGUCAGCUUGUCGUUCUGUGCGAGAAAGAAAUGGCCUACUCCAGACAGACUCUGGGACAACAGAUCCCAAAUGCAUACAACCAGUAGGCUUAGGCUACAUAACAUUUUUUAUCAAAAUAACCUUCAAGCAAUGAAGUUGAUGCAACCGAUCAGAACAUUUAGUUUAAAAUGUUGAUUAAACUAUUAUUUCUUCACAUACAGUGCCUUGCAAAAGUACUAAUCCCCUUGCCGUUUUUUUCCUAUUUUGUUACAUUACAAUCUGUAAUUAAAUGUAUUUUUAUUUGGAUUUCAUGUAAUGGACAUACACAAAAUAGUCCAAAUUUGCAAAGUGAAAUGAAAAAAAUGACUUGUUUCAACAACAACAAAAUCAAACAACAAAAAUCUGAAAGGUUGUGUGUGCAUAUGUAUUCACCCCCUUUGCUAUGAAGCCCCUAAAUAAGAUCUGGUGCAACCAAUUACCUUCAGAAGUCACAAAAUUACUUAGAUUGCACACGAGUGGACUUUAUUUAAGUGUCACAUGAUCUGUGUGUGUAUAUAUAUACACACCUGUUCUGAAAGGCCCCGGAGUCUGCAACACCACCAAGCAAGCGGCAUCAUGAACACCAAGGCACUCCCCAAACAGGUCAGGGACAAAUGUGGAGAAGUACAGAUCAGGGUCGGGUUAUAAAACACAUCCCACAGAGCACCAUUAAAUCCAUUAUUACAAAAUGGAAAGAAUAUGGCACCACAACAAACCUGCCAAGAGAGGGCCACCUACCAAAACUCACGGACCAGGCAAGGAGGGCAUUAAUCCGAGGGAACAAAGACACCAAAGGCGCCAAGCUCCACAGCGGAGAUUGGAGUAUCUGUCCAUAGGACCACUUUAAGCCGUGCACUCCACAGAGCUGGGCUUUGCGGAAGAGUGGCCAGAAGAAAAUCCAUUGCUUAAAGAAAAAAUAAGCAAACGUUUGUUGUUCGCCAAAAGGCACGUGGGAGAGUCCCCAAACAUACGGAAGAAGGUACUCUGUUCAGAUGAGACUAAAAUGUAGCUUUUUGGCCAUCAAGGAAAAAUGCUAUGUCUGGUGCAAACCCAACACCUCUCAUCACCCCGAGAAGACCAUCUCUACAGUGAAGCAUGGUGGUGGCAGCAACAUGCUGUGGGGAUGUUUUUCAACGGCAGGGACUCGGAAACUGUUCAGAAUUGAAGGAAUGAUGGAUGGCGCUUAAUACAGGGAAAUUCUUGAGGGAAACCUGUUUGUCUUCCAGAGAUUUGAGACUGGGACGGAGGUUCACCUUCCAGCAGGACAAUGACCCUAAGCAUACUGCUAAAGCAACACUCAAGUGGAUUAAGGAGAAACAUCUAAAUGUCUUGGAAUGGCCUAGUUAAAACCCAGACCUCAAUCCAAUUAAGAAUCUGUGGUAUGACUUAAAGUUUGCUGUACACCAGUGGAACCCAUCCAACUUGAAGGAGCUAGAGCAGUUUUGCCUUGAAGAAUGGGCAAAAAGCUCAGUGGCAAGCUAAUAGAGACAUACCCCAAGAGACUUGCAGCUGUAAUUGCUUCAAACGGUGGCUCUACAAAGUAUUGACUUUGAAUAGUUAUGCACGCUUAAGUUUUCAGUUUUUGGUCUUAUUUCUUGUUUGUUUCACAAAAAAAAUAUUUUGCAUCUUUGAAGUGGUAGGCAUUUUGUGUAAAUGAUACAACCCCCCCCAAUUUAUUUUUAUUUUUAUAAAAGCACGUUUCACUCCAGCAGCAACAAACAGGCGGUUUGAGACACUUUACCAGCAGCUCCUGCGUUGUCUGAACGAUUUUCUUAUUUCCCACUCAAAUUAGCCUCUGCAUCUGUAUGCUGUGUGCUUGUGAUAAAUAAAAUGCAUAAAGACUAACAGAAAUACCCAUGCAGCAAUUUAAUUAUGCAAAUUAACCUAUAGACAGAUCAGCUUGACCGGUCAAAUGUAUUUGCAUCGACUGGUAUUUCCAUCAAUGAAUAAGCUAAAGAGCAUUAUUUUGCAAUGGGAUGUUUUUCCUUCUUCCUCACAGACAAUUGGCUAGCGGCAAUUUAAUUUAUCGGCUUUUCACUUUUUAAAAAAUCUGACAAAAACCGUAUUACCGGCUAACAGAAACCCUGGUAUGGAGCUACUAACUUUGUUGUGGAGCACCAGUAUGACCUAUGUAACCUGAGUUGUUUGUGGUUUCGUACCCAUGGUUAAAAAUAAUUGAUUGGUGUGAUCUACUUUCCUGCCAGAUAACACACCCUCAGAAAAGAGGCACCAAGAAGCUAGAGAUGAAGAUGCGAAAAAUAGGCUUUCACACAGAUGAAUCUUUGGUGGAAAGCUUUAUUUACUAUAACACCCACAUAUUCUGUCCUUAUUUCUUGUCGAGCUAUUCCCACGUGCAGUACAUGCUCACCAUUCACAGGCUUCCUUGAGGUGAUUGGGGCUUUUAGGAGGUUUGGUAUUGUUGUCAAACUGCACUGGAAAUACGUGGAUUUGGAUUAAGGUGGUGGGAAGGGUUCGGCUCAGUCAAGACCCAUGGUUUUAAUGUGGUUGCGAAGAUGAGGGAUGGACAAAGCAAAUGUCAUUUUUAUUUUCAUUGCAAUGCAACCAAAUCUAUCCCAAGAGGUAUACACAGAGGAAAAUGUAGUGUCUAUGCCUGGGCUCUCCAACCCUGUUCCUGGAGAGCUACCAUCCUUUAGGUUUUUGCUCGAACCCUAAUCUAGCUCACCUGAUUCUAAUAAUUAGCUGGUUGAUAAGUUGAAUCAGGUCACUUAAAACGGGAGUUGAUGAAAACCUACAGUUGAAGUCGGAAGUUUACAUACACUUAUGUUGGAGUCAUUAAAACUAUUUUCUUCAACCACUCCACAAAUUUCUUGUUAUCAAAGUAUAGUUUUAGCAAGUCUGUUAGGACACAUACUUUGUGCAUGACACAAGUAAUUAUUCCAACAAUUGUUUACAGACAGAUUUAUUUCACUUAUAAUUCACUGUAUCACAAUUCCAGUGGGACAGAAGUUUACAUAUACUAAAUUGACUGUGCCUUUAAACAGCUUGGAAAAUUCCAGAAGAUUAUGUAGUGACUUUAGAAGCUUCUGAUAGGCUAAUUGACAUAAUUUGAGUCAAUUGGAGGUGCACCUGUGGAUGUAGUUCAAAGCCUACCUUCAAACUCAGUGACUCCUUGCUUAACGUCAUGGGAAAAUCAAAAGAAAUCAGCCAAGACCUCAGAAAAAAAAUUGUAGACCUCCACAAGUCUGGUUCAUCCUUGGGAACAAUUUCCAAAUGCCUGAAUGUACCACGUUCAUCUGUACAAACAAUAGUAUGCAAGUAUAAACACCAUGGGACCACGCAGCCGUCAUACCGCUCAGGAAGGAGAUGUGUUCUGUCUCCUAGAGAUGAACGUACUUUGGUGCGAAAAGUGAAAAUCAAUCCCAGAACAACAGCAAAGGACCUUGUGAAGAUGCUGGAGGAAACGGGUACAAAAGUAUGUGUCCACAGUAAAACAAGUCUUAUUUCGACAUAACAUGAAAGGCCGCUCAGCAAGGAAGAAGCCACUGCUCCAAAACUGCCAUUAAAAAAAAGCCAGACUACGGUUUGCAACUGCACAUGGGGACAAAGAUCGUACUUUUUUGAGAAAUGUCCUCUGGUCUGAUGAAACAAAAAUAGAACUGUUUGGCCAUAAUGACCAUCGUUAUGUUAGGAGGAAUAAGGGGGAGGCUUGCAAGCCAAAGAACACCAUCCCAACCGUGAAGCACAGUGGUGGCAGCAUCAUGUUGUGGGGGUGCUUUGCUGCAGGAGGGACUGGUGCACUUCACAAAAUAGAUGGCAUCAUGAGGAAAGAAAAUGAUGUGGAUAUAUUGAAGCAACAUCUCAGGAAGUUCAAGCUUGGUCUUCCAAAUGGACAAUGACCCCAAGCAUAUUUCCAAAGUUGUGUCAAAAUGGCUUAAGGACAACAAGUCAAGGUAUUGAAGUGGCCAUCACAAAGCCCUGACCUAAAUCCUAUGGAAAAUGUGUGGGCAGAACUGAAAAGGUGUGUGCGAGCAAGGAGGCCUACAAACCUGACUCAGUUACACCAGCUGUCAGGAGGUAUAGGGCAAAAUGCAGCUAACUUAUUGUGGGAAGCCUUCCCGAAACAUUUGACCCAAGUUAAAUCAUUUAAAGGCAAUGCUACCAAAUACUAAUUGAGUGUAUGUAAACUUCUGACCCACUGGGAAUGCGAUGAAAUUAAUAAAAGCUGAAAUAAAUCAUUCUUUCUACUAUUAUUAUGACAUUUCACAUUCUUAAAAUAAGGUGGUGAUCCUAACCGAACUAAGGCAGGACAUUUUUACUGGGAUUACAUGUCAGGAAUUGUGAAAAACGGAGUUGAAAUGUAUUUGGCUAAGGUGUAUGUCAACUUCCGACUUCAACUGUACAUGACAGUAGCUCUCCAGGAACAGGAUAAUUCCCUUGUUUAUGCACGUGCACUUCUGUUUUACUAAAUCCCUGUUUUAAAUGCAGAUGAGGGAUUCUUAAGGUAGUCUAUAUUGUGAUUCAAAGUAAAUACAAUGGUUUUAUGGUGGUCUGUAAAGUAAAUCUAUCCAAGGUGUUGGCAGCCAUGGAAUAUAGAUCAAUCUAGCAAUUUAUUCAUCUCACACAACUGACAAACUGAAAUCGCAAGACCAGAUCAAGACGACCUCUCCAAGCUAAUUCUACUUUCAGACUUUACCUUUGAGCGCUGAUGUUAAUUCUCGGCAUGUCUGGAUCUGUUAUAUUACAAUGAGCUGCCAAUUAAAGAUCUGACACCCUCACAGAGGUGGGUUGGGUUAUAUUCAAGUUUGGUUUGUGGGGCUUUGCUACUUCUCGAUUAAUUGAAGAAUUGUUCACUGCUCUAUUGCGUCUGAAUAUCCCUCUUCUGGCAUCUUUUAAAUCCUACAUUGUUAAAGUAAUGAAUUGAAUUAAUUCAUCACGGCUAACAAUAGCUUGUAUGAAAAAUUGUUAAUCGAUUUAACCGAUUUAAUGGUGACUAACAUUGAAAUGUUUAGGUACUGAAGACAACCACCGUUACCAGGGGUUUUACAGCCCUGGUAUAGAGCCUGUUGCCUUGGAUUGAUUUUUCAUUGGUAUUUUACUGCUCAUUUUAACAUGACACGUCAAAGAAGGCUGCAUAUCUUUUCUAAUAUACCAGACCGGAAGAUUUCUAUAUAUGUGUAUGUGUGUGUGUGUGUGUGUGUGUGUGUGUGUGUGUGUGUGUGUGUGUGUGUGUGUGUGUGUGUGUGUGUGUGUGUGUGUGUGUGUGUGUACAUGUGUACAUGUAUAUAUACAGUAUAUCCUAGUCAAACGGCUCAUAUGUAAGCUUUUAGUUAUUUUGUCUCUGGCUCUUUCUUGUGUCUACUGAAGAUGCAUCUCUUGUUGCAUGUUUCUUGCUUUCCAAUCAGUCACCAUUUUGCAGUGGUUACUUUCACUUGUUUAAAUGUUUUUGGACAAUAAAUCUUUUUUUUGUUAACAAUGGUGUUUCAUAUUAUUUGUGGAAGCAAGUUAACUUGUAAUUUUUUACUACGUAUUAGAAUUCUUUGUAAUAUCACUAAAUCGUCAAGGAAUAAGGGAUCAAAAAGAGAUGUAGGUUGAAAAUGUUUUAUCCACCCAAAAGUAACAUCCCUUGGUUGCCAGCAAGUAUUCAAAAGUAUGAAACAGAAAUGGGGUGAGAACACCUCUUAAAACAAAAUCAUGUUCUUUUGAAACCAAUAAUACAAUAAAGAACCUCCAAUUCAG